UGCUGCAGGCGAGUGGACGUCAUCAGGCUGUGGGAGGCUUCAGGGCAAACAUAUCAGGCAGCGGUGAAGGAAGGCCAUUCAUUGUAUUAAACCUUGGGAGAUUCUAGAGAUAAUAGGACCGCAUGGGAGGCUGCUCUUAAAACUUUUCGUCGUCUCGUCUCGACUACUUUUAAUAGGCUUUAGUGCAGACCAGUUUGCUUUUCAAGGGUGUUUUCAUGAUUCUAGUUGUUUUCCUAGGAUUUUUGCACUAAUGCGAUAAAAAAAACACCCCUGAGAACCCGACUGAUAUCUGUGGCCUUUGAAAACAAUCCUGAUGAAAGAACAAAGCGUCCCAACAACCAAGUCUCAAGGCUACCAGCAAAACUACCAAAAUCACAACAGCCAAUCAAAACUAAUCUAACUUGAUGGUGCUUAUUCUUCAAUUCCAUGCGGUUUUAUUACACAGACUCCCCAGCCAAGCUUUGGAAGACCACCACUGACAACCUAACCAUAUCACGAAGGUGGCCUGUGGUCUUGACUUGAGGGACUAAGUUAACCAGCACUAGAAACUGGAAUCCUAUUUGCGUAUUUUAUUUUUUAUCCUUUUUGUACUGGAAGCUUCUGAGGACGGCUGUCGUGCUGAGUUACUUCCUUCUCACUCUGGCCUUGACGAGAAUACAGUAUGAAGUGAAGAAAGAGUUGAAAUGUUUAUCAAGGAACGUAACUAUAGUCUUUUGUACUGGGAGCUUCUGAGGAACAGCAGUUAGGCAGAGUCUCUCCCCUCUCACCCAAGUUUUCUCUAGAAGUAAAGAAAACUAGUUAUAUUUCUCUGGGAACACUAUUUAGCAUUGUUACACGUGUCAUUACCGUCGCAAUCUUAUUAGUCAUAUAGAGAAUUCAGUUUUACACAAUUAGAUUAGGCUAGUAAGUGAUUACAGAAAACGGUAUUGAUAACGAGAACUCAAGUAAAAAUCUUUGGCCUUUGAAAAUAAAAAGAACAAGGAAUUUAAGAGGCCAGAGUGAGACAGGCGUGAUUCUGUACAAUUUUCCACCCACCUUUCUAAUAAGAGCCAUGGUAUUAUUGUUCCGAGGAUUCUAGAGUUCCUGGAGAGUUAGUGGAGUCCUCUUGGUACACUGUUACACCCUCUUUGGUUUGUACAUAGCAGCGCGGCGCCUCUAACUGCACAGCCCGCCUCCUCAGUUCCUUGUCCCGCAUCUUGUACCUCCGCCAGGUCGUCCCUUGGUCAUAGACUGUAUCCUUAGACGUUUCAGGGCCUCAUCUCGACUUCUACAGGCUCGUGAGGGGAAGUUAUCAGGGUUUUUAAGGAUCUUUUUUUUUUUCUUUCAGUUUUCAUUUUUUUUUUAUGGUUCUUGUGAAGUUAUUAGUUUUCAAGGAUGCUUUUUUUUCAUGGUUCUAGUAGUUUUUUUUAAUGAUUUUGUUGGUUAUUAGUUUUCAAGGGUGUUUUUUUCAUGAUUCUAGUGAAGCUAUUAGUAUUCAAGGGUAUUUUUUUAUGAUUCUAGUGAUUUCGCAAGUUUUCAAGGGUGUUUUUUCAUGGUCCUGGUGAUUUUGGCUGUUCAUUCAUGAUUCCAGUGAUGGGUUAAUGAGUACCCUGCAUCAUCAUUAGAAAAAAAAAAAAAAACUUGAGAAACUGACAUAGCCUGAUUUAUCUCCGUGGCCUUUGAAGAUCGGCCUGAUGAAGGAAUGAAGCGUGUCAGAAUACAGUGUCCUUGAGUCAACAGGUCUUAAGUAGCGGCUCCAGUGUUCCUUUCUUUUUCAAACCCAAGUGUUCGUGAGCGUUUUGUAAAAUUUGUAAUCCACGUGGUCGGUUGAGCUGUAGUGUGCUCUUGUUUUGUAUGUCAUGUUUCCACGUGUGUUUGUGUGUGUGAAUGUUAUACUAUGCAAGGUGCUGUAGUAGUGUUAGACCAGGUGCUGUGUGUGUGUGUGUGUGUGUGUGUGUGUGUGUGUGUGUGUGUGUGUGUGUGUGUGUGUCGCCGCUGCUGUAGUACCAAAGGGUAUUUAAAUGGAGGAGUGUGUGUAGCCAGAACUUUCUCGUGUAAGAGUGGACGUGUUUUAGUUUGGUUUGAGUUAGGAUUGCUUCUUGGACAACGUGUGUGUGUGUGUGUGUGUGUGUGUGUGUGUGUGUGUGUGUGUGUGUGUGUGUGUGUGUGUACGCCUCGGCAGCAUCUGUGUAUAAUGGUAUUUAUUAAUAAGUUUUGAAGAUUAUUAUUUUAGUGAUCGUCAGUUUUAGGAGUUUCCAAACAUGAGUCAGGAAAGAAAACGGUAACUUGCCCUCUGUGGGUGUUUAAUAUAUCUACGGUCUUUACAGUUAUAUAUCACUGCUGCUGUUUUCUGGAGUGUGUGUGUGUGUGUGUGUGUGUGUGUGUGUGUGUGUGUGUGUGGUGCUUAGCUGUAAUAUAAAGCUAAAUCAUUGUAAUAAGGUUAAGGCGGUUGAGAAAAAUAUAUAGACUACACGCAUGCGCAGACUUUCAGGCGUGGCUUGGGAGAAAUCAUGUCAUUUGUAACACCAAGAUGAAAAUCAAAAUCAUAUUCAUUGAGUGACGUCACUUCCUCUUUUAGUAAUUUCAUUUUCAGUUAUUUUCUUGUUUGUGUAGCGUGUUUUCCCAUGUUCGUAUAUUACAGAUCCACUCUCCCGCCUGUCUCGUCAGCCUCUUACGCAGCCAAUCUAUUUCUUCAUCUUGCCUCGGGGAAUCGUAUUUUCAGAGUAUUUUCAGAAUCUUUCAGCUUAUCUCUCCUACUGUCAACAGGCUCUAGAGGAAGUAAGCGAUAGUUUUCAAGAAUACUCUUAUGAUCCCGGUGAAUGUUAAGUAAGGUACCGUCUUUCUUUCCUGACGUCACUGUAAUGAGGUAACGAGUUUCAUGUACAUCCGUGAUAGUCUAUAUACUUUUAACUUCCCUUGGGAUGAAAAACAAGACUACCACUGAUUGCUACUGUCUGCCACGGUCCACCGGCGCCAUCUUGGUGUGUGAGGCGUCUUGCUGUCCUCACGCCUCGCCCAGUGCCGCCUCUGACUGUGAGGAUCAAGGACUCACUCAUUCCAAAAAGCGUUGUCACAUGGUCAGUGGGCGAGUGUGGCAGCCAGGCACGCUCCUCGCCGGUGCCCCUGACGAGCGUGGUGCACGGGGAGUUUUGUAUCAUUCACGAACCUGCUCGAGCAAGGCUGGUGCUUCAGUUCAUCACGCCUCCAUGAUCAGUCUCCACGCAUUGUCUACUCUUGUACUGAACCACCACAGUUGCGCGCUGAUCAUGUGACAAGGGCUUUAUUGCGAACACCCGUCCACCGCAACACUCAGGCCCCCAGUGGCAGGCCCACAGCAGGAGUGGUGACAGCGUAACCAGAGCAGCACACCUGUCGUUGUUGAGGAGAAAGCGGCAGGGUGAAGAGCAUCAAGGACAAAAGCAGGUGCAGGAGCAUGGACAGCAAAACACAACGGCAGCAGUGACGCAGAAGAAAACAGUCACCUUGAAGGACAGAAAGAAUUGUGGAGAAUUGGACGUGGAGCCGAGGAUUCGAGUCAACACCACCACGCAAGUGGCACACCUGCGGCAGGAGAUGGACCUACGGAACUUCACGGCCUACAUCGUGCCCAUCAACGGAGAGCAGGAUGGCUACACAAUGGAAGCCGAGGACCGUCUGCCUUUCCUGACGGGCUUCACGGGCACCUAUGGCUUGGCGGUGGUGACGGAGACCCAGCAGGCCCUCUGGACCGACGGUCGCUACUUCCUGCAAGCGGAGGACGAGCUGGACUGUCACUGGCUACUGAUGAAGAGUGGCCAGGAGGGGGUUCCCAAGGUGAUGGAGUGGCUGAAGGAGGUAGUGCCAGCGGGAGGCAAGGUGGCUGCCGACCCUAAACUAGUGAGUGCUGAUACCUGGAAGACCUACAGCAAGGACCUGGCAGCCUCAGAUAUCAGUCUGGUGGCGGAGGAGACCAACCUGAUGGACUUGGUGUGGCCUGCAGAGGAGCGGCCGCCAUACCCUGAAGACCCAAUCUUUAUACACGAGCUGGACUUUGCUGGCAAGCGCUGGGAGGACAAGGUGAAAGAGGUGCGGGAGGAGAUGGUGAAGAAAGGAGCUGACCUGUUGGUAGUGACAUCCCCAGAUGAGGUGGCGUGGCUCCUGAAUGUGCGAGGCAGUGAUGUGAAGACUACACCAGUGUUCCGAGGAUAUGUCAUUGUGGAUCGGAAGGGAGUGGAGCUUUUCAUUCCCCAGGGCAAGAUUACACCUGCUGUGGACCUGCACCUCAACGUGAACCAGUGCAACGACCAGGAGUGUGUCACCAUCACGGCUUACUCUGCCAUCCUGAACCGCCUCCGAGCCCUUGAGUUGAACCCUGAAGUGAAGAAGGUGAUACUGCCCAAGAAGUGGUCCUACUCUGACGGUGCCUCCUUUGCCAUCUACUCAGCGGUGCCGGAGGACAAGAGGCUGGUGGUUGUGUCCCCAGUGCUGCUGAUGAAGGCGCGCAAGAACCCCACAGAGGUGCAGGGCAUGAAGGCGUCUCACGUUAGGGAUGCCGUGGCUGUCAUCUCCUUCCUGGCCUUCAUGGAGACAGAGGUGGAGGCUGGGAAUGCCUGGGAUGAGAUAGAGGCAGCCACCAGACUGUAUGAGCUGCGGCAGGAACAGCGCAACUUCAUGGGCGUGUCCUUUGAUACUAUCAGUGCCUUUGGUCCAAAUGGCGCUGUGAUCCACUACCGGCCUAGACAGGACACCAAGCUGCACAUUACGGCUGAUAAUCUGUACCUGGUGGACAGUGGCGGCCAGUACAAGGAUGGCACCACAGACGUGACCCGCACACUGCACUACGGCACACCCACGCCCAUGCAGGUGGAGGCGUACACCAGGGUGCUGAUGGGCGCCAUUGACCUCGCCACCCUGGUGUUCCCUGAAGGCACCGGGGACUCUGAUGUGGACAUUCUGGCGAGGAGGCCGCUUUAUGAGGUGGGGCUGGACUACCGUCAUGGCACAGGGCACGGCAUUGGGCACUACCUCAGCGUGCACGAAGCACCAACACAAGUUCGCAUCUAUAGUGACGAGGAGCAUGAACUGGAAAUUGGCCACUUCUUUUCAGACGAGCCUGGCUACUACCAGGACAAUGAGUGGGGCAUUCGCCUGGAGACCAUCCUGACAGUGGUGCCUCUCGACACUAAGUACACCUUUAACAAACGCAUGCUGGGCUUUGAGGCGGUGACGCUUGUGCCAUUUGAGACCAAGCUGAUCAACCUUACCCUCCUGAAUGAUCACCAGUGCCACUGGCUCAACUCGUACCACCAGCGAGUGAAGGAAAGUGUGGGCCCAGAGCUGCUCACCCAGAACCGUGGGGAGGCCUAUGACUGGAUGGUGGCCAAGACAAAGCCACUGCCGUGCCCUAACCCUGACCGCCUCCAGCAGGACCGCCCCUACACUUCUCCACCUGCUAAGGCCACCACCACCACCACUACCACCACUACUACCACCACCACCAUGUCCACCACCCCUACCUCCACUACUACCACCACUACUACCAGGAUGCCAGCCAUCAGGACCACCAUGGACGACAGCCAUGCCCUACCAGCCUCCAGCACCACGGCCGUCAGGCAGCACAACACCAUGAGGCAGGCCGUCGCCAGCACCACCGAGAACGUGCACAAGGACAGUGCCUCAGCCCCCACUGCCUCCGUCCUGACCACCACCCUGCUGCUGUUGCUGCCGCUGGCCAGGUAGUGGAGCGGGGGCUGGUGGCUGCACCACUGAGCCGUGCCGGGAUCUGCAGGUCUGGGCCUCACUGAGGGUCUCCUGACUGGCAUGAUGGACAAUCAAAGGGGUGACGGGUCAAGGGCAUGACAGUGACAAAGAUUGGUUUUCUACAACUUAAUAAAAGUUAGACUGUUGUUUGACUUACUUUGGUUAAUUGUAAUGGAUUACUUUUUUUUGUUAACUUUCAAAUGCUGCACAUCUUGAGCUUGUACAUAUGCUGCUCCAUGCCCAAAUCCAUUUUUUCUCUUUCUUUUGAGCCAGCACAUGAUGGCACAGCCAUGACUCUUGUACUUUUUAUUACCCUUAAAUCAUAUUUAAUACAACAUGUUUUUUCAUAUUUUGGUGCAAGGCCUUUCUUGGAGUACAUCUCUACAACAAACAUAUUUUAAUAUGCCAUGGCACAUUAAAAUGUUGCUUUUACUACUGUGUCUGUCAAAGAUGAACCAUCCCUGAACAGCCAUGCAGGGAUCUGGUUCAUUCCUUAUUGCCAGUCUUGCCUCCACAUUAGUACAGGCUUCUGAAUUUUUAUUUCUCAUGCAAGUGUACCAUUACAAGAGACUGUCUACUAUGGCAGGAUACCUCACAACUUAACUUUUCUCUUGAAAAUGUAGAAUCAUAAACCAGUUGCUGUAAAGUCAAGAUGUACAGUACUCUGUGAAAUUACUGUGCAUGCAGAGACAAUCUUGAGGUGGUGUGCCUAGCCCAUCAAAACAUUAUCAUGCCUACCUGCCAUGUGUCCUUGCAGGGCAUCACUGUAGUUAAGGAGCCAUUUAUACGUCAAUGUUUUUCACACUCUGCAGAGCCUUCCCUUGAGGUGAAUGCCUCACUGGGCUGUGCCGUGGUGCUGUCAAGGCACACACAGGGCUGUUGGAGGGCAAGGGGGAGUUUGGGUUGUGCUCCAUGAUGACAAACUUGAGAUCAAACCUUCAUUUCUCAGAUGAUGAGAUGCAGACAAGGCAUUGCUGAAAUGGGGAAUAUUAAAUAAACGAUGGCAUUUUUGGCAAACACACAUUGCAACUUCAGGGAAAUGUGAAUCAAUAAGCAAUUUGAAAAAUAUGCAUUAUAGAGCCAGUUUAGCUUAAAGUACAAACACUGUUGAAAUUAGGACAAAUGUACCAAAAUCUCAGGAAACAUCACAGAGCCAGUCUAGAUUAAUUAAGUCACCACAGCAAACCCUGGACCACUCCCUCCAUACCUUGACUUGUUUUAAGGCUUUCUGAACCUUGACCAUAACAAACCCAAGGAAGACAACUUAAAACAAUUCAAGCCUCGGAGUGUUUGAUCUCUGACUUAGUGAUGACAGUAAUCCAAAGUUUCAUGAUGUGUUGGGAAUUGUGCUUUCAGGGAAGGGAUUGGGUGGACACUGAUGGAUGAGCCUUGCUGUGUCACCUUAGAUAUGUGACUGCAUGGAGGAGAGAAGAAAGACAGUCACUUGGUCUAGAUAAAUUAGUAUUUUGGCACCACAGUAAUAGGUAGAAAUGUCUUUGGCAGUGGUACAUGCAAGGAUAAAGAGACAGUGUGAAUUAGUCAACCUCCUGGGCGUGAGUCAUACCACAUCUUGUCACCAUCUCUAUACAUGACUGAUUAAAAAAUCUGAAUACUCUGAACUGUCCAGUAUUGCACUAACCUACAAAACUACAUAGGUCGUAUGGUGCUGAGGUAGACAGCCAGGUGUCAUGUUACCUAGUGUGACUAUAACCAGAUUUGGAAGGCACAAAGAACUGUGGGAGGAGAGGUGGUAUGUGAGGGUUGUGGGAGAAGGAGAGGUAGUGUGCGAGGGUUAUGGGAAAAGGAGAGGUGGUGUGAGAGGGUUGUGGAAGAAGGAGAGGUGGUGUGUGAAGACUGUGGGAGAAGGAGAGGUGGUGUGCGAGGGUUGUAGGAGAAGGAGAGGUGGUGUGUGAGGACUGUGGGAGAAGGAGAGGUGGUGUGCGAGGGUUGUAGAAGGAGAGGUGGUGUGUGAGGACUGUGGGAGAAGGAGAGGUGGUGUGCAAGGGUUAUGGGAGGAGAGGUGGUGUUCGAGGGUUGUGGGAGAAGGAGAGGUGGUGUGUGAGGGUUGUGGGGAGAGGGAGUGUUGUGGUGCUGUCCUCCAGGCAGUGUUAUCUGUUGCUUUGUGCUUGUUGUAAAGCAGUAUUAUUGACGCCAAUAAAGAUUAUUCCUUGCUGUAUUGAUGUCCCAGUCUCUCUCUCUCACACACACACACACACACACACACACACACACACACACACACACACACACACUGACAGACUUCCAGAUCCCCAUAAACAAGUCUCCUGUACACAUUCCAAAACACUCAAGCAUCUUAACAAAAUAACAAUAGUCUGCAACAAAGCCACUGAGAAACUUUUUAACAUACCAUGUGAACCAUUUAGUUGUACCACUGAGACACUGAAAUAAUUUACUAUCAAUAAACUCAAAUAUAUAAAAUUCAACCUUUAAAUAAAACUAAAAUUAAAAAGAACGAAACU